GUGGUGGGCGAUGAGCCGCCGCCGCCGCGGGCGGCGGUCUUGAGAGGAGGGGCGUUGGGGCACUUCAUGCUGUUGAGCAUGGACUCGUAGACGUCGUUGAGGUUGUCCGGGGGGCACAGGCUGGUGUAGCAGCUAUUGUUUUUUUGUUUUUUUUUAGGUUCACAGGGUCAGCAAAACUGGGGCCCUGUCGGGGUGGCCGGUCCCCUUCUCCCCCCCAGCGGCGGCUUACCUGUAGUGGAGGCUCAGGGUGCUGCAGACGCACGGCGUCUUGAGGGCCGGCUGUGUAUAGGUUUCGCAUGUGACGCCUACCGUCUUGACGACGUUGGCUCCGCAGUUGAGGAACGGCCUGGGGGUGGGUUUAUCGGGACGAGUCAGUUGAGGUGCGUGAAAAGGCUAUCUUGAGGGGAGGGCGAGCUAGAGACUGAGCGAACAUACGUCUAGUUCCUGCACAUGGUUCCGACCUGGGCCGAGACGAGCCCUGCAAGCAGCAUGGCCGACACGAGGAGCUGGGAGAAUCGAGACGCCAUUUUGUCAAUGUGCUUUCUGGGGCGGGGAUGGCAGUGACGAGCGUAGUUCUACAAGCAACAAUGAUACAGAAACGCGCAUUCCCUUCCCAGACAGGCCAGAACAGGCAUAUUUAAUACGCCUGUCCAGCUUGCCUGAACUGCCAACUAUGGCGUCCCGCGAGGUCGAUGCGCUGUCCAUGGCCUCGCUUAACAUGGCAGAUGGACUAACCAAUGGCCAUGCCUAGCCCGUCUCGAACCAUUAAGCCAACUUGAUAUCUGGACUUUGGACGCGGGAAUCAACGUCUGUGACGUUCCAAUUAGGCCAGCCUGCGUGAGGCUGAUUUUAGCUCUUGGGGCUGGCAGCCAUAUCCGAACCCCUGGUCUUGAGGCGCCGAUAGUGGCGGGUCUAGACGCACCCAAAACCCGGGUUGGGCGUUUGUUGGGAGGACGCACAUAUGUGGCGACGUCAUUGUAACCAUUUUGCUCCUUUAUUUUUCUCACCUUCCAUUAGAUGCACAACACGGGUGCAUCUGCAAGAGAAAGGCACGGCAUUCCUUGGUCGACCUGAUCCAGCUCGCCGAGGGCCAUGUUGCAGGCCGAGGCGCUGAGCCAUGUAGCCUGGUGGUUUUGGCCUUUAGUCUGUGGCACAGGGCGCAGCAGCUUUGGUCCCCCUCCCUGCGCUGCCAAGAAUAUCUCCAGCCCCAGUGGCUGCGCGGUUCGGGCGCUUUUGCUCGCUUGGAACCCCCUGAGUUUUCCAAGCCGAUCGGGAUCUGCAAUGUGACUCUCCACCGUCCUUGGGUAGGAACAAGCGCCACGAUCGAUUUGUGCCUCAAUCAACGACAUGGACACUUGCUCCAAGGACUUUGUUGCAUUUCUCAAUCGGUCUGCCCUGAGAGUGCAGGACCUGGCGGUUGUCAAGUGCGUGCGACGAUAGCGCUUAGUGGGCCAGCAGGCGAUCCACAAGGAGGCUUGGCUUCCUAACGGCAGGGCUGAUUGGCUGCACCCGUCUUUUGCGUCUGACGUCCGCCACACAGGAAGGACACAGCCAUUCCUUUGUGCUCCUUCGCCCCGCGUCUACCGUGGAAUGUCGUGCUUCUACGACCACCAGUCAGGGCCGGCUGCAACGCCCCAGCACAAGCGCCGUCCAGAGACCCGGUCCACAGUAAGAACCAGCGGGCCCUGCAGCUGGAGCUGCCGCAUCAGGAAACCAAUGCUUGCUGGGGGCUUACACGCGGAUUGCGGCUUACGGCCACCGGUCGUCACGGCGGCUACUGACUGUGCUUAACGCUUCUCCGUCCCCUGUUUUUACUGUAUCAGCACCAUAGGCGGCGGGAGGGCAUUGCCGGCUCUGCCGGGAGCACUCGCGAGACAGCAUCCCCUUUGAACAUAUAUAUCUUGCAUCUCGGACUGGAAAUCAAACGAAUUGGAACCAGAACAUCAUCAACACAACAGCAACAUCUUGUGCACCACCACAAAAACAACACAACAAUAAACAUCUUAGAUCCGUCCCUAGCCCCAACACCAACACCCUCGCAAACCACUUAUACCCGCUAACAAGAUGCACAUGUUCAAGUCCCUCGCCGUCACCCUGGCCGCCUUCGGCACCGCCGUCUUCGCCACCACCGACUCCCAGCUCGCCUCGGAGAUCAAGCAGAUCACCGACCUCGCCGCCGCCAUCGAGGCCCAGCAGGGUGGCGUCCGGGCCCGCAGCGCGCCCUCGGACAACGCCCAGCUGGCCGCCGAGAUCAAGCAGAUCACCGACCUUGCCGCCGCCAUCGACGCCCAGGGCGUCCAGGCCCGCUCCAUCGGGCCCAGCGACGCCGAGAUCGCCGCCCUGGCCCGCCAGAUCAACGGCGGCAGCGGCGCCCCGCUCGCCCGCCGCGGCGACUCCGCCUCCUCCGGCAUGCCCAGCCGCGCCGAGAUCGACGCCCUCGCCCAGCAGAUCAGCCAGCUCUCGGCCCGCGCCGACGAGCACACGGCCCUCGUGGCCGCCCGCGCCGCCGCCAACGACAUGCCCAGCCGCGCCGAGAUCGACGAGCUCUCGCGCCAGCUCAACCAGAUCGCCUCGGCCGCCGGCAACCAGCGCCGCGACCUGCCGCCCCGCCUCGCCGCCCGCGCCGACCAGGUCCAGGCCCGCGGCAUCGGCAGCUUCUUCAAGAAGGCCUUCGGCACCGUCACCAAGUUCGUCGGCGGCUUCCUCGGCCUGGGCCGCCGCUAA